CGCACCACCCACCCGGGAUGCCGCCAGGCCUUUGUCCGGCAGGGUCUGCGUUCUGCCUGGAGGGGAGACUCGGGAGAGAAGCCCCUGCUCGGCCCCUCCCUUCCUCCCUCGGGACCUUCCCCGCUGUUGUGCAGGCGAGGCCUUUGGCAGCCCUGAGGCCUCUUACUUGGGCCCGAGAGACACCCUGGGCCCCGCCUCGUGAGGCGGCGCAAUCUCUCCAGCAGAAUUGGGACACUCUUGUGGGAAUCCCGCGGGGUUUCAGUGGACAGGGAGACCAUUUGGGGGUAGUUUUCAGUGUGUUCUCUCUCACUGGAGCUGACACUGAUUUGUAAGGUUCCACCAGUUCUCCCAGGCCUCACACUCUGAAAGUCAUUUGAGGGAAGAGGUGGACACAUCUUCAUCCAUUUUGGAGGCAGCCUAGAACCACAGAACCAAGAUGGAAGGGCAAGAGCCAGCUGCCGCCCAGUUAAAAGUAUUUCCUUCUGCUGUUGAGGCAGAGAACAAUAGAACAUUCUGGAAGGACCUUUGGGGGAAAGACCAGGAGAGCAAUCACUUCCAUUCAGACCUUCGGUGCCAGCACUUCCGGCAUUUCCGCUAUGAGGAGGCCUUGGGGCCCCGGAAGGUGUGCAGCCGCCUCCACUCUCUCUGCCGCCUGUGGCUGAAGCCUGAGCGACAUUCCAAGGCGGAGAUGCUGGACCUGGUGAUCCUGGAUCAGUUCCUGGCCAUCCUUCCUGUGGAGAUGGAGCUCUGGGUGAGGGAAUGUGGGGCAGAGACCAGUUCCCAGGCCGUGGCUUUGGCUGAAGGAUUCCUCCUGAGUCAGGAAGAGGAGAGGAAGAGGGAGAAGCCCCAGGUGCAGGACUCUUCUGCAGAUGAGACUAGUCAGGUGGAGGAGUCUCCUUCAGACACCAUGUGCGUUGCCCAGACUGGAAAUGGAGCAUAUUUGACAGUUGGCAGUGAAACAUGGGGAAUUGAUAGUAGCACAACUUUUCAUGAUUCUCUUCUAAGAAGUGAUUCUGUGGGACCAGAUCAGGUGACUUUUGAAGAUGUGUCUGUGGAUUUCUCAGCGGAGGAGUGGGCCCUCUUGGAUCCAAGACAAAAAGCCUUGCACCAGCAAGUCAUGGAGGAGAAUUUAGGGAUUGUGUCAUCUCUGGCGGAUACACCAUUUGAAUGUUUGGAAUGUGGAAAACGUUUCUAUAGCAAGUUUGGCCUUGUUUAUCAUCACAGAACUCACACAAGAGAGACACCAUUCAGAUGCCCAGAGUGUGGAAAGAGCUUCAGUCAGAAAUCAGACCUCGUUUGCCAUCAAAAAACUCACACAGGAGAGAGACUGUUUAAAUGCCGAGAGUGUGGAAAGAGCUUCAGUCAGAAAUCAGACCUUGUUUGUCAUGAGUCAACUCACGCAGGAGAAAAACUGUUUAAAUGCCAAGAAUGUGGAAAGAGCUUCAGUCACAAAUCAUACCUUGUUUGCCAUCAGGCAAUUCACACAAGAGUAAAGACAUUUAAAUGCUCGCAGUGCGGAAAGAGCUUCAGUCAUAAGGGAGGCCUUGUUGGUCACCAAGUAGCAAUUCAUACAGGAAUAAAGCCAUUCAAGUGCUCAGAAUGUGGAAAGAGCUUUAGUGAAAAGAGAAACUUUAUUAGUCAUCAGGUAACUCACACAGGAAUGAAGCCAUUUAAAUGCCUGCAGUGUGAAAAGAGCUUCAGUCAAAAACACAUCCUUAUUUGUCAUCAGGCAACUCACACAGGAGUAAAACCAUUUAAAUGCUUGCAGUGUGAAAAGAGCUUUAGUAAUAAGGGAAACCUUAUUCGUCAUCAUGCAACUCACACACGAGAGAAGCCAUUUAAAUGCUCAGUGUGUGAAAAGAGCUUCAGUCAAAAGGGACACCUUAUUAGUCAUCAGUCAACUCACACAGGAGUAAAGCCAUUCAAAUGCUUGCAGUGUGAAAAGUGCUUCAGUCACAAGCACCACCUUAUUAGUCAUCAGUCAACUCACACAGGAGUAAAGCCAUUCAAAUGCUCAGUGUGUGAAAAGAGCUUUAGUCAUAAGGGAAACCUUAUUCGUCAUCAUGCAACUCACACACGAGAGAAGCCAUUUAAAUGCUCAGUGUGUGAAAAGAGCUUCAGUCAAAAGGGAAACCUUAUUAGUCAUCAGUCAACUCACACAGGAGUAAAGCCAUUCAAAUGCUUGCAGUGUGAAAAGUGCUUCAGUCACAAGCACCACCUUAUUAGUCAUCAGGUAACUCACACAGGAGUAAAUCCAUUCAAAUUCUUGCUGUGUGAAAAAAGCUUUAGUCUAAAGCACCACCUUAUUAGUCAUCAGGCAACUCACACAGGAGAGAAGCCAUUUAAAUGCAUGCAGUGUGAAAAGAGCUUCAGUGAAAAGAGAAGCCUUAUUCGUCAUCAGGCAACUCACACAGAAGUAAAGCCCAUUUAAAUGCACAGUGUGUGGAGAGAACUUCAGUCACAACCACGGCUUUAGUUGUCAUCAAGGAAAUCACACAGUGGAAACAAACCAGAGUGUGGAAAGAUCUGCAGUUGAAAUACAAGCCUUCUUUUUAAAUUGUCAACCCACAAGAUAAAAAUGAGUUAAAGGCAGCAUCCCUUGUUUUACAUCAGAGGGGGCAUGAAUCCUUGUCAUAGAAACACUGAAUUAAAAAGCCUGAUUGAUUUUCUUUGAUGAAAUAUCUCAUUAAGCAUAACUGAUAAUAUUUUGAGAGCUAAAGGAAAGAUAUUUCUGGAUUUUUCAUCCAUUCAUGUAUUUUUAUUAUUGCAAAUAUUUCCUGUCAUGUAUAAUCAGGAUUAAAAAGACAUUUAAUUGAGAAGUUUGAUGAGAAGUGGGUUUGAUAAUGAGUAACAGCCCUGUGUGCCAUGUAAUUCUAUGUAUGUGGGAAUGGGUUUUCUUUUAAGAAAUACCUAAUAAAGCAUAACUGAUA